UUGAUGUGACUCAGACAUUUCUUCCCUGGGUAUUGUAGUUCUUUUAGUGAGAAACUACAAAUACUGAUGUUUUACUGAUGUAUCUUGGUGUUUCUGUCUGCUUUAAGUCUAAAAAGUGACUUCAGAAUACUGAUGUUGUUGAGACCAUUUCCAGCACUGGGAAACCCGUUUAAGUCUUUUCUCCUGUUGGUGGCUAUAAAGUACUGCCAAAAAAAUCUGAGUUGUAUAGCCUGUGAUGGAAAGAAAGAAGCCUCAUUUGAGAAAUCAGGAGGGCUGUUCUGCAUGUCAAGAUGGCUGUAAGGUCACUCUGAAGUGAUUAUUUGAAAAUGUUGUUUGAUAUCCUUAUAUGGACACACUCUUUGUACAUGUUUGGGAGUACUUUCUUUGUGCUAUUAAGAAGCUCCCAAUCUGCCUGUUCCUCACAGUUUACUUCUUGCAUCCUGACAGGAACAAAGGAAAUGACCCAUUUUCCUUCCCCUCUCUUUCUCUCUCACCGGAAUACUGCUCUUAGCAGAGGACUUUGGGAUGGCACGUUCCAGCUGCAGCUGAACUCGGUGGCACUUUGCUUCUUUACAGUGCCAACAUCGUAUUGUUCUGGAUAGGAAUUUGUUGGGAUCCAAAAUGAAACUGUUCAAAACCAGAUUUGGACAUCCCCAUGCUGUAGCACAGUGUCCCUUUUUUUUCUGCUAGGCCUGCUAAGUAAGGCCCAGCAUUAUCCACAGAUAAAGUUUCACUGCUUUUUGCAAGUUGUUGCAAAUGGAUCUUACCUGUUCCUUUCUCCUUGAACUGUUUUGUAUGUGCUGUUUAGCUUAUCUCAUACUGAUGGAAAGAGUAUUUUGAACAUCUAAAGAAAACAGAUACAGCUCUUUCUCUGGUUUGCCUUAUGGGGGCUUUUUUAUACAUUUUAUUCUGGACAAUUGAUAAGAAAUUGGAUGUUACAAUUUCCAGGUGUGGGAACUACUCAGUGUUGUCAAGGACUCAGCUUCACGUUGUUUUGAUGUUUGAGUCAGCUGCGAGCAGAGCUGUCGUUUCUGUGGUCACUGGUGCGCAGCGGGGACUGGUCCAGCGCCAGGCUCUCGCUUGUGAGCAGUGCUGACAGUGCUGUGGCUGUUUGGUGCUGUAAGAAGAUUUAAUGUAUGGCAUUUUGUUAAUUCCGAGGUUUUGAUUUGUACUGUAUGGUAGAGCUUCGGGAAGGCAGCACAUGGUCGUCCGGGGAAGUUGUUUGGUGGAAUGAUUUUCGAGGAAACCUCAUGAGGGCAGCAUUAGGAAUUGCAAAAUGUCAAGGCUGAGCAACUGAGCUCCCAAAUGAGCCCCAUCACCUUAAGUGCUGUAGAACAGCAGAUGUUUCUGUGGGGAUUUUUGUUGUUGAGCUAAGUUUUAGCUAGCACAUUUCUAGUCUAACAAAAGACACUGGGAAAUUACUAACUGGAAGUGUGAGCUGCAGUCAUGAUGUGAUCAGAGCAGCUGGGCUGCUGCUUUGGCUACAGCAACUUUUUGGUCAGAGUAAGACACAAGGUGAUGUGGUUUGCCUUGUAGGAAACAGGUUUUGUAAAAGCUCUUAUUUGUGGAACAGAUGAAUAUAUGGAAAAAUGUUCUUUAUGAGAUGACAGACUAAUUUUGAAGCUGAGUGUGUCAUAAUCAGUUGACAACAAGUUUUACUCUUCUGCUUUUUAAAAAAGUAACUUGAGUAAUGCUACAAUGGAUGUGACUAUACUGUCAGUUUAAAGUAGAAGUAGGGAAUUUGCCAUACAUAUUGAAACCUGAAUCAUUCCUUCAUCUGUCCUUUUUCUAUGGACAGUGGGCCUGGGUGACUUCACCUCUGGCAUUACUGUGAAAAAUGGGUCAGGUAUAUCUACAUUGGCACUCAGAAACUAUGAGCUUUUCUAAACUCUUGAACUAUGUUCCUGAUUUUAUUGACAAGGUGACAACAGAGGUUUCCAAACUUAGAAACAAGAUGUCAACAGAGCAAUGAGUUACUUCUGUCAGUGGGAUUGUUAGUGUCUUUAAGGAUCUGUGACAAUGGUUGUUUGGAGGCUGGCAUGAGCCUUUGCAUACUGGUCAAAGGAAAAUAAGCUCUGGUUUUCAAAACCAUUCUCAAGGGAUGUUUUCCAGAAUGUUUUGAGGAAUACACAAUUAGAGUCUGACAGAAGAUGAUUAGAAUCAGGACCUCCCUAUUUUCCAGGCAAUGAAUGCAUUGGGCUUUCAUUAGUAAUCAAAUGAGCUGGAUAUGGGGGAAAAGUAGUUGGAGGAGGAAGAAAACAACUUUCCUUGCUUUUAAGGUAGCUGGUACCUGUACAGCUGCCAGGAUUUUAAAUGCCUGCUGCAGGGCAAAUGAAAUACCAUGGGACUUGAAGAUCUGUUUUCUUUCAAACUCCAAGCAGCAAUUACGCUAACUUCGACUUUUCCUUCAGUCCAGAGCUUGGUGUAUCUCUGCCAGGAUUUGACUGUCAAACUGCCAGUGUCAGAAACUGGACUGUAUCCUGCUAAAAUGACUCCUGCUACCCAACAGGAAAGUCUGAACACACAGUGUCUGAAACUUGAAGUGAAGAAACAUGUCUCAGUCAGGUGAAAAAGUAAAGUUUUCCGACUCGGCAGGCUAUGUGGGAUUUGCUAAUCUGCCCAACCAGGUUCACAGGAAAUCUGUGAAGAAGGGCUUUGAAUUCACACUCAUGGUGGUUGGUGAGUCUGGCUUAGGAAAAUCCACUUUAAUUAACAGUCUGUUCCUGACUGAUCUUUAUCCAGAACGUUAUAUUCCUGGAGCUGCAGAGAAAAUAGAGAGAACAGUUCAAAUCGAAGCCUCUACAGUAGAGAUAGAGGAGCGAGGGGUGAAGCUGCGUUUAACUGUAGUUGACACACCAGGAUAUGGAGAUGCCAUUAACAGCCAGGACUGCUUCAAAACAAUUAUCCACUACAUUGACAACCAGUUUGAGCGAUACCUGCAUGAUGAGAGUGGUCUGAACAGGCGCCACAUCAUAGACAACAGAGUCCACUGCUGCUUCUACUUCAUCUCUCCUUUUGGGCAUGGACUGAAGCCAUUAGAUGUAGAAUUCAUGAAGGCUCUUCAUGGAAAAGUCAACAUUGUCCCUGUGAUUGCCAAGGCUGACACCCUGACGCUGAAGGAGAGGGAGAGGCUGAAGAGAAGAGUUCUGGAUGAGAUUUCUGAACAUGGCAUUAGGAUUUAUCAGCUCCCUGAUGCAGAUUCUGAUGAAGAUGAGGAGUUUAAAGAACAAACUAGAGUUUUAAAGGCUAGCAUUCCCUUUGCUGUUAUUGGAUCCAAUCAACUUAUUGAGGUGAAGGGGAAGAAAAUCAGAGGCCGCUUGUAUCCCUGGGGAGUUGUUGAGGUUGAAAAUCCAGAGCACAAUGAUUUCCUCAAGCUGCGCACAAUGCUGGUGACACACAUGCAGGACCUGCAGGAGGUGACCCAAGACUUGCACUAUGAGAACUUCCGUUCCGAGAGGCUCAAACGCACUGGCAAACCUGUUGAAGAGGAAGUGGUAGACAAGGAUAGAAUCCUCCAGCAGAAAGAGGCUGAGCUGCGCCGCAUGCAGGAGAUGAUUGCCCAGAUGCAAGCCCAGAUGAGGAUGAAGCCUGGUGAUGACUAAGGUGCUUAACAUCUGGAUGAAUCAGCAUACGGUUCUCUAAGUGGAUGGGUGCUCUCUUUUCUUUGCCCGAGUGGUAACGUUCAAAUGCAAAAGCUGGAUGCCACAGACCAAGACCUGCGUUAAAACAAACACAAAGUCUGAAGAUCGUGUUGUAAAACUGCUUGUUUUAUAUACUCAAUGUUAUUCAACUUAUCGUGUAUCUUUUUGAUUUUUUUGGUAACACUGUCUUCAUACUUACCAAUGUGGUUUUAUUAUCCUUCCUAUACCUUUUUAUUCAGAAACUGCCAAGAGUACGCUGUUUGGACUAGUCAUUGUGGUGGGUUUAAGGAAUUAAUCAUUUAUCUGCUAGGUUGUUCUGAACGGUUUCGUGGUUAAUACUAAGACUUUGUGGCCUGUUUACAGUAAACGUAUGUGUGUUUGCACAGUAUUAUAACUUUCACCUGCCAUUUUAGGUUAUUAUGUAUCGUAUAAUUUUUUCAGAACUUUCUCUGUGCUUUUGUUGCUUUUGAAGCCUCAUCUCUGGUGAUUUGCAUUUGUGUGAUGUAUGAGAAAAUGUAUGGAACGCCGAUGAUUCACCAGUGAUUGGAAAAAGCUGACUUUCCUAAAUCGCCGUGCCUUAACACACCAUAAACACUCCACACACCACCAACUUGUGUGGAUGCCUCUGGAGGUUUGGAUUCAAGCCUCAAGUAUUGAUGGCAAAAAUUUGUCACAGGCAUUUCUAUCUGUCAGCUGAGCAAUGGCAUGUACUGAUUUUUUAAAAUAUACCAUAGCACUACUUUUCAUUGAAGUUUUGUAAUAAAUUGUAUGAAUGUGGAAAACGUUG